GGGGAGGUUGAAUAAACAAAAACGAACGAGCACUGAAGAUGGUCAAGGAUAGAGAGGUUUAAGAGUGACUGCAAAAGACAAACGGUAGGCAAAGUAGAUUUACAUGUAGGCUAAGAUUUUCAAGAUGCUAAAAUCGUGACAUGGCUCCCGUAAGUUAAAGAAAAGAACAGAAACUCAUAUUUUCUAUCAACCUUAGGUUAAGAUUUACGAGUUACUCAAGCAAAAGGGUGGCUAUUCCAGAAAGACUUCAAGAACUCUUAUUUCCAGCUUGCCAGAAAACAACUCGGCACUAUCCCGCAUUCUCUUUAAAGACAGCGAUUUGAAAAAGAUGGCAAGAAUGGAUGAGUUUAUCAAGGAACUGUUAACUCUUCCGGCUAUGGUGCGAAAGUCUGAAAUUGUCAUGGAUUUUUUCGGUGCUUUGAAUGGACAAAAUGGAACCAUUGAAAGGUCCUCCGAGGAAGAAAAACUGAAAAAAGUCACUAAAGUGGCCGAAAUGUUAAGUGGUCGAGAUCCGCUCAGAGAUAUACCUCAACAAAGUCCAUUGGUAAAGCGAAAGCCAAAGUAUAGUUCGGCCUGGAUUCCAGAGGACCUGCACGUCCUCAGCGAGGAAGCAAGAGAUCAUCUUUACCACAAGCUGAACAGGUUGAAUGAACGACGGCCAAGUAAAGACAUCCCGAUGAUUCCUGGUAAGCCGAGAGCGACCUCAGUCACUGAUGACGACUUAGACAAAAAAGUGGUAACUCAGCGGCCAGGUUUAAGGAGGAGACCAUUCAGUGUUGCUGUCGGUAUCGCUGACUUGGGCAAGCAAACCGAAAAGAUGUUGAACGAAGAGAAGCCUGAACAAGAGUUAAGCCAACAACAGUCUGAGAGUGAUGGAGAUGAGAGUCUUUCAGCACAGACGGAGAGUUCAGCCAUCGACUCUGAGUACUCCGAGGUGGAGGAGACUCGCUCCAGGAAGAUCUCAACUCAAUCUAGUGCAAGAAACAGCCUGGCGAGAAUGACCCCCAAUAAGGCUAAGUAUGUCGUUAUUUCGUCAUUCUUUGCCGAAGAAAGCGGCGAGGUGUCGGUGGAGGAAGGCGAGGAGGUUGAAGUGCUACAGAAGGAGUCCAGCGGUUGGUGGUACGUCAAGAAUGAUUUCUGUGAGGGGUGGGCACCAAGUGCUUUUCUAGCACCUGCCAGAUCCAGGUCCCCAUCUCCAGAGACGCCAAAUGAGCCGCAAGUUUCAGACGGCCAGGAAGAGUCUUGCCAAAUCAAAGAAAAUUUGGAAACCUGUCCCAAAGAGGAAGGCGAGAAGGAAAGAAAAUUCGUCCCUCCAAGAACAGAGAAGACUGUGGAUCGAGACGUUGCAAGAGGAGCUCAGACGAUAACAACCGAAAUGAACCGACGACCCAAGUUCCUAACGGUAGAAGGAAUUCAAAAGAGGAAGAAUCCCGAUAAAAACUAUGUUUAUAUUCUCAAAGUGGUGUGGUCAGAUGGAAAUAUUAACAUCAUCUACAGGACAUGCAGUGAUUUUUUUUUCCUCCAGGAAAACCUCAGAAAGGAAUUUCCAUCCGCCAUUGGAAAGGAAAUCCCUGCACUCAAAGGACGAAAAUUUUCUGAAAACUGUCAGUUUUGUUUCAAAGACGGAAAAUGCAAGCGCCAGAAGUUUAUGAACCAAUUUUGCCACGAACUAAUCAAUGCACCUGACAACAUCUCAAAAAGCAAAGUUGUUAUGGACUUCUGCAGGUCCCGUGCCAGUGAUGUCCAUCCUCAUGGAGAGUCUGCAAAGACGGACGGGAAGAUUGCAGAGAAUGACGAUGAUGACAAUGUGCAGAUCUCUGGGCCAGUAGUGUUUGAGCAAUACGUAGUGACAGCUGACUACCAGAAGAAAAACAAGAAUGAUAUUUCCCUGACAGCUGGUGACCUUGUUGACGUCAUCGAAAGGAACGACUAUGGCUGGUGGCUUGUUGACCGGGAAGGAGAGUUGGGUUGGGCUCCAGCUUCUCAUCUUGAGCCAUCAGACGACGGAUCGGAAGUCACCACAUCAAAAGUCUUUGCACCUGGAAAAGAGGAGAUAUACAUCUCCAUAAAAAGCUAUCAAGCUCAAGCUGACGAUGAGCUGUCUUUUGAUGCUGACGUUAUGCUUAAAGUGGUGGAGAAGACUUUAGAUGGAUGGUGGCUUGUAAGGUAUCAAGGAGAUGAAGGCUGGGCUCCUGCCAUGUUCCUAAAAAGAGUUGAUUCUGAUGAGUCUUCUACUUCAACGUCCAGAAAAAUGGAUACAUUGGAUAUUGUUUCUUUCAAUGGAGAUUCUGAAGAUGGCGAUAGCAAUGGGUUCUCACGCACACCUCCUACAAGGCGAAGCAUGGUUCAAAGAACAAUUCGAAAAAAACCAAAGCGAAACUCCAUUGAACUUAAUGCAAUAUCAGAGGGAGAAAAUGGCGAAAGUAAGACCAGCGACAACCCCGUCGCGAAAAACAGCCGAUCAAUUUCAGUACCAGCGCCAGUGUAUACCCCGCCCGUGAAUAGGAAGCUUUCACCCCGCUCCAAAGGUUUGUCCUCGCCAAGAUCCUCGCCCCGGCGGCCCCGAUCCAGCGAGUUUAGUCAAGGAGAAUCGGACAACCCAUCCCAAUCUCGUCAAUUCUCCAUUUCAAGUAGUGGGUAUGAAAGCUCUCCAAAUGGAAGCCUUUCGUCCCUUGUGUCGUCUGAUGUUUUCGCCGAGGAACAGUCUACUAAUGGCAUCAAGAAGUGUGCAACACUUCCUCGGUUUGACAAUAUUGAAGACAACAUGCCAGUGUCGCAACCCUCUCCAGGGAUGCCUCGCUCAAAAUCUGUCACCUCUAUGGAACACUACAAGAAUGAAAUGGAGUUGAGCUUGAAUGGCAUCUCCUCGACAGGUAAAAAAUCUAGUUCGGGCAGAAGCAGCCCUAUUCCUUCAAAAAGAAAGAUUUCCACAAACAGAAGGAGCCCAUUGGCAGGUUCACCUCCAAAAGGUCGCGAUUCUGGAUCUAUAUCCCCCUCUAAGAUGUCUCCCAGAGAAUCCAGUUCGGAGAUAGAGAACGAGGAAAAUAUCGCUAACUCGAGGCUGUACAGAGCAAUGCACACUUACAUCUCUCAAGACGAUGGUGAAGUUACCUUCAAUGAGGGAGAUGAAGUAGAAGUGAUCCAGAAAAGCGAGAAUGGCUGGUGGCUCGUACGAACAUCAGAGGAACUUGGAUGGGGACCUUCUAAUUUUCUACAGUCUCUGGUAUACUAGAUUUUGCAUAUCUGUCUUUUUAUUAAAGGAAACAGAGAAGCUAACAGAAAGGAAGUCUCAGAACUUUCCGAUACACAUAAAACUUUUAACUUGUCGGUACUGGGUGUAAAACGCCAGGUUGUGCUGUACAAGUUGUACUUAAACUGCUUGUUACACGGAGGAAAUAAGGCUUUUAAUUUCGAACAGAAGGCAGUUUUUCCUGAGCUGUGCUGCAAGGAAAUUUCAACUUUUCUCAAGUUUAAGCUCUGAAUUUCUCUUUUAGUCUAUGACAAUACCACUUGUUUGUAACGUCUUUGGAGAGAUCUUUCUUUGCACCAUAAAUUGUGAAGUAUUUAAAUCCGAUGCAGAUUUAACUUAAGAAAAAGUUAUAAAAAAUGCCAAUUUGCUAGAUAAAAUACGGUUUAACAUUAUAUUAUCCUAGCUGUAUAUUGUUAAAACAUAGUAUCCAUUGUUAUAAAUUUGUUUGCCUUCAAUUAUCCAUACGUUAAAGAUGAUAUCUUAGCCGAUUGACAUGACCAAAGGCCUUGAGAAAAAAUCGCGAUCGGUAGUUGUCAGAGCUAUAUACAGUGACUGCAGGGCAAUAAAAUGUUCCAAAAAUUUCCUUUAUCUGGGUAUUCCAGUUAGAUGAGUUACAUACAAGUAGAGCAUGGUGUAAAUGUUGGGGACUGGGGGGGGUUGACUUUCAUUACUAUUUUGCCUUGGCUUGCAAAGCUUGCGUUCCUUGAACAUAGAAAACAACCAGCAACGCGCAUGAUUUCCUUAGAAAAUCGGUUACAAACGGUCGUAAAAACAGCAGAGCAACAGCAAGUUUCGAAAAUGAAAAAUGAAAAAGAAAUUGUUUCCUUUUUGAAAAUCGGUUACAUUUGUAAAAUGUACGUUAUUGUAAAGUAAUUAUGGGUAAAAAUAUUCACUUAUAAGUCGUAAAUACAGAAAAAGAUCAUAUCAAAGCUUAGGUUAUAGAGAAUAAAUGACCUUUAUUGUUGAUUGUACUGAAAACAUAAAGGUUCUAUUAUCUUUAUCAAUUUAAGGUUACAUUUACUUAUACUAUAUAUGCUUCAAUUCUUUAUAACAGCUAUAAAUGCAAUAAAGAAACCUCAAAUUUCCUUGCAA